AUGGGUUACUGGUCGGAGACUCGGGCCUGGCUCUUCCGUGAUCCAGCCAAGCUCAUCCGCUACCUGGUGCUCUUCGCCUGCUGCAUUGUGGUCAUCGUCCAGCUGUACGAGUGCUUCUCCAAGCUCUACAACCCGCCCAUCUCCACUCAUUCCUACUACAGCCUAAACGAAACCAUUGAAAUGCCGGCGGUCACCAUAUGCCGGGAGCCACCCUACAAAGAGGAGGUCCUAACAAGACUUUCCGGUGGUGGCUGUCCUCAUCCAAAGUAUGCAACCUGCUGGAUGAACUAUCCCUUUGGGGAGAUUUCCCUGGAAGAAUUUUUUGAAAAUAGCACCCAUGAUAUGGGCGACACUUUUGUAUUUUACGGCCUAAACGAAGAUCCAAAUAAUGUAGAGAUGAACACCAGUUUACACUUUUACAUGGGUCGGUGCUAUACCCUUCGACCCAAGGAGCCCGCCAAAAGAGUAUCGAAAGCAGUAGGUUACUCCCUUAUGCUGGAACAUUCCAUGGCUGCCACUUCCACCAGCGAUGUGGAUACAGGUGCAGUCGGCUGGCAUGUUUUUAUACACGAUAAAAAGGAGAAUUUUACAGAAGUCAACAUGAAGGGUUCUGGGCGUGUGGAGUAUGUUUUUGUGGGUGUCAAUGAGGAAAUAGAGAUUAAACUGCAAACCCAAUACUUCUCCAAUGUCCAGACACGGGAAGAGGAUUGUUCCAAUGACGAAAAUUACAGUGACUUAAAGUGUGGUGAGCAGUGCAUCUGGCAGGAUUUAUCUGAUAAUAUGCAGUGCUCUGGACCUUGGAUGCAUGACAUUGCGAAUGAACCUUGUAACGAUUCUGUUUCGAUGAGGAAACUAAUUUCGGAUUAUAAGGAUGUAUACGAAAACGAGGACGACUUUGACUGCGACUGCAUUCAGCCGUGCCAAUCGAGGAUCUACACCACCUUCAUACAGAGCCGCAAGGCUUUCAAGCAACCAGAGCCCCGCACCCAAAUCUAUAUAUACUACACAACCAAACUGAUAUCGAUGAUUGAAGAGCGUCCCAGCUAUGAUACCACCCAAUUCAUAGCGGAUGUGGGUGGUUCCCUUGGUUUUCUACUGGGUCUGUCUGUAUUAGGAUUGAUUGGAAUACUAGAACACAUGACUCUCUUUUUCUGUGGCGGAUUCAUUAAGAGGAUGCAGCAGAAGGAGCAGGACAAAUUGGCCGCUAAUUCCGAGGAUGGUCAGUCCCAAACCAGCGAUGAGACCAUCGAUAUAGCCAUUGCUUAUAGAAAAAAGGAGAAAAAGGAAACGAAGUAUUGAGUCAAGAACCA